UUAUAUGAUAUUUAAUAGUAUUCAGAGCUGUGUUCGUAAGUUGUUGGGGCAUUUUGUAUUUUAUCGGUUGAUUCCAGACCAUUGUUUCUAGUGAGGUAAACACGGCAGUGUAGUCUGAACGGACCCGUCUCUUAUUUAUAUCCUAUCGUAGUGAUCUGGACAAUAACCUCCUGUGUUUAUACGCUUCAUAGUGAAAUGAACGUGCGCAGAUUUCUCCUGAAACGGUUUCUUGUUCUUUAAAUAGCCAUGGCAACACUGUAGAUUAGACGUUUAGGUGCUGAUGCAGAAGAUGAAAUGUUGCUAUGGUUACCAAACACAAAGGGAUGCAGAGCGCAGAAAGCCUGAACAAAGGAAUGGGGCACAAUAGACUGUGCGACCAAAACACGGAUUCGCGUACUCUGUUCUGAAGUUCAUGAUCGUCUGGAUGCUGGUGCUGUUAGCAGACUUUGUUCUGGAGUUCAGACUGGAAUACCUGUGGCCAUGCUGGCUCUUUCUAGGGACCGUCUACACCACAUUUCACUGUCAUGGACUGGCCAUCUGUGUUGUUUUCGUGUGUGCAGCAUUUACCCUGGACUUAUUCUGUUUCAUUUUUGUACCCUUACACUGGCUGUUUUUUGCAGCCAGCACAUACGUCUUACUCAACUAUAUGUGGCAUACAGAAAAGGGAAUCUGUAUGUCAACUGUGACAUUAUGGAUACUCUUAGUGUAUAUGGAGGCCUCUCUCCGGUUGCGGGACCUGAAAAGCCCUCAUGCAAAUCUGUCCCAUCUAUUUGCUGCACACUGCAUUGGGUAUCCACUAGUGUAUAUGGGAUUUGAUGCAACAUGCUACUUCUCCAGUAUGUUUAAACUGCGCACUCAGAAAUCAGUUCAGAGUGAGAAUGACCUCCACAUGGAUCUCCUGCAACAAUCCCUACCUCCUUACAUGCACCUGUACCCAAAAUUGUGGAUGGAAGAUCCCAAAUAUAAGGUGGCCAAAUGUAGGCCGAUGCAAUACCAGUGUCCAUCCGAUUCUAUCACCUCAGAGGACAAAGAAAACAUGGAGGACUGCCUUCAAAUCCACAGACUUCCUGCAAGACCCGAAAGAGACACAAAUCCACAAACUCCAGGACCCAAGCACCGUGGAGGUGAACUUCAUUUGGACUCCACGUCCAUGCUAGAAAUGACUGAAAACCUACCUCAGGAGGAUCAGAGCAGCAAAGCUCAAAGACCCUCCAAGAGCUCGUUGCCUAAAGUGCACCGAGGUUCAGUGAAUAUCCCUAACAGCAAAGGGGAGAAGAGGCAGAAAGCCCCCAAAGCCAUCAACACAAUAGGGGACUCUGCUGAAAGGUGCUCGUCAAACAUCCCCCCAAGUCCUCCGAACCCACAUGCUGAGCAGAUGCUGAAGCUGGAACAAGAAAUGAGGAAGCUGAAGGGAGAGCUGCAGGCGAGCAGACAGAGCGAGCAGGAGCUGCGCAGUCACAUUUGUAAUCUGACCAACAGUGAACACAGUCUGCGCCCUGAAGUCUCUCUGCUCAGACAUGCAAAUGAAAUGCUGCAAAACAAGAUUCAGUGUCUCACGAAAUCCAGACAGAAGGACAAACAAAACUGUUCCUUGCUGGAAAAGAAAAUCAGAAUGGAAACAGAGGCUCGAGUUGCAGUAGAAAAACAACUUGCAGAAGUCAGAGCACAAAAAUUUGAUGAAGCAACGAUUUUACUUCGGAGCGCAUCACACAGGCAAGAACACAGUGAAACUCAAAUGUUGAGGAAAAAAGCUAAAGAUCUAGACUCAGAGUACAAACAACUACAGCUGGAAUAUCAGGAGAAAGAAAAUCGAAUGAUAGCUCUAGAGAAUGAAGUGGAGACCCUCCAGAGGAACAGAUGCACGGAGCAGGAAGCGGACGCUUUGCUCUCAGCUCUCUCCUCCUUUCAGGACAAGGUUCAGCAUCUAGAGUACAACCUGAGUGCAGAAACCCGUCUCAAGCUAGACCUCUUCUCUGCGCUCGGAGACGCACGCAGACAGCUGGAGAUAGCGCAAGUCAAAAUUCUGAAACAAGACCACGAGGUCAAAGAAAUGAAACAGAAGCUUGCUGAAGCGAUGGCCGUGGCUCCAGGUAUGUCAUACAUGACCCCCAGGUCCUCUAUGCCUCAGUACCUCAAGUUCUUCAACUCUGAGCGCUACAUGCUGAAUCCCAGAGCGCUCAUGUACCAGUGUCUUAAGAAAUAAGACCAGCGAGGACAAAUCGGAUUUUGAAGGAUUGUUUUGACUCAACAUUCCAAACAUGAGGGCAUCUCUGCUUCAAGGUUUGCCCAAAAACUUUGCCUUUUGACAAUGCCAACAGCCAGCCUCUGUUGCGUCUACGGCUGUGUUUACUGAUUUCAGCAGAGACACUGAGGCCACUUAUAGGUGACCUUGCUUUGAGAUUCUUUCCAGAUGAAAUCAAAGUUGACUGUAAAUACAUUGUUGACCAGCGGAUGACCAUAGAAUGCUGAGCAAACCGCUGCAAGCUGCAUAAACGGCAAGACAUCAGUAUAAUAAAAAGUGUGAACUUGAUGAGGAGCACAGUUUAUCAUGAGGACAGGAUAUCCUGUGUUGGGUUUCAAAUGAAGAGGCUCUUCUUCAGCCAUUACAAUAACAGGCCAAUGCCUCACUUGGUCAUUCUGUGCCUCGUUAUUUAUGUGAAUUCAAUUUAUAUAACAAGCCAAUAUCAAACGUAAGUCAGUAUGUGAAUAUUUGAGUGCUUUGUACCGUUUUGUAUUCUUUUUACAUUACACGUUACAACAGAAGUGAGCAACACACUGAAAAAAAGAAAAAAAACGUUUGUAGGUUUUCAUGUUUCUGAAAUUGUUGCAUUUUUUAUGUAUCUCAAUGGGAUGUUUUUUAUGAGAAGUUUAUUUUUCUGGCUUGACAGACUUUUUUUUUUUUUUUUUCUAAAUUAAAAUGAAAUAAUGGUUUCAUUUUGUAAUUCUACUUGUUGGUCUGCAUGCCAAUUUAUGUAAAAUAUUUAUGUAAACAAUUUUUGAUUGUUUUGAGAAAAAAAAAGAUUUUGAUGUCUAAUUGUGCAUUUGUGCAAGGGCUUUUUCUUCCAAUAAUUCUGGAAGCAGUAAUAAAGUCAUUUUCAAUGAUAAUAUUGUAAUCUUUUCCACAUGACUUUCUGACACGAGACUUAAAGUUCUGUCAUCAUUUACUCACUCCCUUUCUUUUUUUUAACCAAACCUAUAUUAAGUCAAUGUCAAUGCAGUUUAGUGUCAUCCACUAACUUUACUGUAUGGACAGUAUUCCACAGAAGAAGAAAAAAUAAGUCACAUGGAUUUAGAAGACAUGAAGGUGAAUAAAAAAUGACAGAAUUUUGCUUUUUGGGUGAACUAUUCCUUUUAAUAUUGUACUUGGGAGCUGAAAUGAAACAGACAAAGAAUAGAAGUAUUCAGUAUCUCAUCUUUAUAUCAAUGAAUGGUGCAAAUUGAUUUAACAGUAAAAGCAGUUAUGAGUUUCUGAAUGUUUAGCAUGAGACAAACUAGGCAAUUCAAAAUGAUUCUGGGCAAUAGUUUCCUCCCGUUAGACGGAUCAAACAGAGAGAGGGAUUGAUACAAAGCCUGUUGUUUCUUUCAAAACAACCACGGAAUGAAUCAUCCAUUUAAAAUGUUCUAAUUUGUCACUGCUGGUCUGCAUUAACAAAAGAAAGCAUUGUUUGUUGUGUGCUUUUCAAUGGUUCGGGCAUCAUUUUCACUCCGCUGUCUGAUAUCUGAAGCAAUUUGCAAUUCGAGCCAUUAUAUAAUUAAAAAGAAACAAGCAACACAAUUAGCAAUCAGAAGAAAACUAGAGUUUUUCAGUUGUUAAACUGCAUUUCAUGCAUUAUUUCAAAUUAGCUGCUUGUAACAGAUGAUGUUCAUAUACCAUCGAAGUGAAUAUGAAAUUUAUUGCCAUCAACAUAAAACAAAUCAGUGCAAACUGCUCAUUUGGGCUGAAAUGAUGCUGCCCAAAAACAAAACACACCACCAGAAACCCUCGGAGAUUUGAUAUACUGCAAAUAUGCCAACAAAUUGUUACAGUAUACAAGCAUGCAGACCAGUUGACAAAGAAAACAACACUACAGGAUCUGCUCAAUGAAAAAAGGAAUAAUACAAUGUGUCUGUCAGUCUAUGGGUCUUGAUUGUGGAGAUGGAUUGAUUGUGUCUGUUGAAGGCACAUUUGAACACGUCUGGUGCACUGGAGAUCAUUUCUUUAUACUGAAACUCAUAACUGUGUCACAUACAGGGAAAACAGACAAGUCAAAUCAAGUGCCCCUCGCUUAGAAACCAUUCAAAUGAAAACUUACAGCAUACAUUCACAGGUAAUAAAGGGAAAAAAAAAAAAAAAAAGCCGCCACAAUGUUGAAAGUGAAACACGCUUCAAGAUAGACCAUACGCAUAUAGAUAAAUAAUCUGUUUGCUUUUUUCAAUGUUUGGAGAUCCCCUUUCCUUUCACAGUCGUUGUAGAUCUUGCAUUGCAGACCAAAGUUAACCACAAUUAAUGUGUGCCUUAAAAGGUACAAAGACAUUGUUAUUUGGUAAUAAUUUCAAAAUAACACAGUAACGCAUUCCUCUUACACUAAAAAAAAAAAAAAAAGAAUAAAUGAACGAUUGAAAGGGUGAAUAAAAGAUCAUGAAAUAUGCAUGUGAUGUGCCUGAAAAGACAAAAAAAAAAAAAAAAAAAAAAAAGAUUUGCUGAAGUGCAAACCAGAAGUAACCCAUCCCACACAUCCAAAAUACAGCUCGUAAUACUGAUUUAAAUAAUAAGAGUCAUUUUUUCUUCUUUUAAAACAGAGAAGCAGACUGCUACACUGACAGAAUAAAUGUACACGGGUACCACCAGCCAACACUUUUUCCACCACCUAAAGCAGUGUGAAGAACAGAGCGCAGGGGUGCGUUUCCUCAGAGUCCCGUCCCGUCCCGUGCAUGAAGAUAAAGGAUGAUGGAGAGGAGCUGGCAGAUCUGACCCUCUGCUAUGAGGAAACGGUUACAGGAUUCAGAGAGCCGUUACGGCUGUAGAAUUUAGAGAAGGCCUCCUCCAGCACAGUAGUGAGACGUGGCUGAUCCCCCUUGACAGAGCCAGGAAAAAAAAAAAAAAGUUUAAAACAAAGUGGCACCAGGAACUGAAGGAAAAAUAAAGAUAAAAAUGAAUACCUUUUCAAAAUGAAAUACAAAUACUAAAAAAAAAAAAAAAAAAAAAAAAAAAUUCUACUACAGGGAUGCAGCAAAGCACCUCUUGAAAUCUCAAGUAGAUCAAAUGGAAUUGGAAUCCCUAGUAUAGAACAAAUAAAUAUUUGAAACAAAAGGAACAACGCCAAAGCAAGUGGCUGUAAAAUAAAGCAAUAAGCCCCAAGAAACCAUGGUUUACAGUGAAUUUAUAACAGCUAAGGGCCGUUGUUAGGCACGAUGGGAAGCUAAACAGAAGCUGAAUUAACUACUGUGCAGGGUCAGGUUUUAAUGGCAGAGAGAGAUGAAACAGGAAAAAAAAUGCUGGAGUUAACACAGAUGGUACAGCAGCAUUCCUUACAAAAGUGCUAAAUCUGACAGAUGACAAUACCAAUGAGAUGAACAGAGAAUUCCUUGCUUAUAGUCAAGAAAGAGCAUGAAUUAAGACUGGAGGAAAAACCUCUUUAAAUGAAGAAAACUGGCUGUGAACUGCAGAAAAUAGUUGUAAUGGUACUACCCAACAGAAAGCCAGGGUGGUACAGAUGAAAAAGCUGUGUAUGCUGAUUUCCACUCUAUUGUGGUAUUCUCUGUGAGAGGUCUGGUCCUGGUUUGUGCAUUAACAGAGAAGGAUUUCAUGUCUGUUUUUAGGUACAUCUCAUCCAUGGACUCUAUGUGCUGCUCUUCUGAUUAGCUCACAUGGUUUUUUCUCUUUUCUUACUCUUCCAGGAAUCAGCCACAGCUGAUCCAAACAUUUCCUCAAGCAACUGAAUUAUUGAUUGGAAACAUUUUAUGAAUGCUGGCACUAACUAGUGCUUCAUAAAUUUGAACCUGGUGCCACAUGUUUAAAAUAAAAAGUCCAGAACAUUGUGUGAUCUCACCAAUUCUGGCUGAAUGCAGUAACCAUGCCAACAAUAAAACUUAA